UCUAAUUUGCCGCCUUUCACUUUUCUUAAUUCGCCAGAAUUUACCUCCAAGCCCACCUCAACUGAAGUACCGGCGCUAAAAUUCACCGUGGGUGCACUCCGCCCUUAACCUACGCACCCCUCCCCUUUCUUUCAGAAACUUGCUCAAAACACUUCCCAACCUUAAAGUCUGUCCUCCGUUUCUCUACUGCGAGUCAAUUUCUCUCUCGCUCUCUCUGCGGCGUACAUGAGCUCGAUCUUCAGCUUCAUCUGAAGUUGGAUAAUCUGGUAGUCUCAGCAUGUACAUAAAGCAGGUUGUAAUUGAAGGGUUUAAGAGCUACAGAGAGCAAAUCGCUACUGAGCCUUUCAGUCCGAAAAUUAACUGUGUUGUUGGUGCCAAUGGAUCUGGAAAAACAAACUUUUUCCAUGCGAUACGAUUUGUAUUAAGCGAUCUCUUCCAUAACCUGCGGAGUGAAGAUAGGCAUGCACUGCUCCAUGAAGGUGCAGGGCACCAAGUUUUAUCUGCGUUCGUGGAGAUUGUGUUUGAUAAUUCUGACAAUCGCAUCCCGGUUGAUAAGGAGGAAGUGUGCUUGCGUCGAACAAUUGGUUUGAAGAAGGAUGAGUAUUUCUUAGAUGGAAAGCACAUCACGAAAACAGAAGUUAUGAAUUUAUUGGAAAGUGCUGGGUUCUCACGCUCAAAUCCUUACUAUGUUGUGCAGCAAGGAAAGAUAGCAUCAUUGACAUUGAUGAAAGACUCCGAGCGGCUGGAUUUGCUCAAGGAAAUUGGUGGUACUCGAGUUUAUGAGGAGAGACGACGUGAAAGUUUGAAAAUUAUGCAAGAAACGGGAAAUAAGAGAAAACAAAUAAUUCAAGUUGUUCAAUACUUGGAUGAGAGAUUAAAGGAACUGGAUGAAGAGAAAGAGGAACUGAGAAAAUACCAGCAGCUUGACAAGCAGAGGAAAUCUCUAGAAUAUACUAUUUAUGAUAAGGAACUUCAUGAUGCUCGGCAGAAACUGGUGGAGGUUGAAGAGGCACGAAACAAAGUUUCUGAAACAUCAGCGAAGAUGUAUAACAGUGUGCUGGAUGCCCAUGAAAAGUCUAAGGACUUGGAGGAGACAUUGAAAGAUCUGACAAAAGAAGUUCAAGGUUUAAUCAAAGAGAAAGAAGCAGUAGAAAAGAGACGGACAGAAGCAAUAAAAAAGCACACAGAGCUUGAGCUUGAUGUCAAAGACCUACAAGAGAAGAUCUAUGGAAAUAACCGCGCGAAAGAGGAUGCUACAAGACAGCUUGGGAACCUACAGAAAGAAAUUCAGAACUCAAUGGAUGAGCUUGACGAAAUACAUUCUUCUUAUGAGAAUCAAGUCAGAAAAGAAAAGAAGACCACAAAAAAAAUAAUGGAGCGUGAAAAGCAGCUUAGCAUUCUUUAUCAGAAACAAGGUCGUGCUACCCAGUUUCCAAGUAAAGCUGCUCGUGACAAAUGGCUUCAAAAGGAAAUUGAUGAUCUUGAACGGGUGCUUUCUACAAAUUUGGUGCAGGAGGAAAAACUUCAGGAUGAAAUUUAUCGGCUUAAUGCUGAGUUAAAAGAGCGGGAUGUCUACAUUGAGAGACGUAGAACUGAAAUUGCUUCUUUGGAAUCCCAUAUCUCCCAGUCACGUGAAGGGUUCAGUCAUCAUAAAGCUCAGAGAGACAAGCUGCAAAAUGAGCGGAAGUAUUUAUGGGGCAAAGAAAGCAAACUUUCUGCUGAAAUUGAUAAGCUGAGAACAGAAGUUGAGAAGGCAGAAAAGAGCCUUGAUAAUGCAACUCCUGGUGAUGUGAGGAGAGGGCUGAAAACUGUUAAGUACAUCUGCAAAGAGUAUGAUGUUCGUGGGGUGUUUGGUCCAAUUAUUGAGUUGCUUGAUUGUGAUGAAAGAUUUUUUACUGCAGUUGAAGUUACUGCUGGAAAUAGCUUAUUUCAUGUGGUGGUCGAAAAUGAUGAAAUAUCAACAAAGAUAAUUAAACACCUCAAUUCAUUGAAAGGGGGACGAGUUACUUUUAUACCCCUGAACAGGGUGAGGGCUCCGCAUGUAUCGUAUCCACAUAAUUCUGAUGUGGUACCCCUGUUGAAGAAAUUGAAGUUCUCUCCAAAUUAUACAGCAGCAUUUGCACAGGUUUUUGCUAGGACAGUGAUUUGCCGUGAUCUGGAUGUAGCCACCAAGGUUGCUCGUACUGAUGGUCUGGACUGCAUAACUUUGGAAGGUGAUCAAGUCAGCAAGAAAGGUGGUAUGACUGGUGGAUUUUAUGAUCACAGACGCUCGAAAUUGAAGUUUAUGAAUAUGAUUAUGCAGAAUAAAACAUCUCUCAACUCGAAGGAAAAAGAGCUGGAAGACGUUAGAAAUAUGCUUCAAGAGAUAGAUCAGAAGAUAACAGAACUUGUUACUGAGCAGCAGAAAAUUGAUGCCAAGCAGGUUCAUGACAAGUCAGAAUUGGAACAGCUUAAACAGGACAUUACUAAUGCUAAUAAGCAGACACAGUUGAUUUCUAAAGCUCUUGAAAAUAAGGAGAAGUCACUUGCAGAUGUCCGGACUCAGAUUGAUCAGCUUAGAGCCAGUAUGGCAAUGAAACAGGCUGAAAUGGGCACAGAGCUCGUUGAUCAUUUAACGCCUGAGGAAAGAGUUCUUCUCUCACGAUUGAACCCUGAAAUUGCAAAACUUAAAGAGAAGCUUGUUACCCGCAAGGCAAAUCGUAUGGAGACUGAAACGAGAAAAGCAGAGGUUGAGACUAAUCUAACAACUAACCUUAAGAGGCGGAAGCAAGAGUUGGAGGCCAUAAUAUUGUCUGCUGAGACUGAAACUUCGCUUGGUGAAGGCGAUUUAAAGAGGCAGGAAUUAAACGAUGCUAAAUUAUUGGUUGAUGAUGCCACACAUCAGCUUAAAAGAGUUACUGAGCGUAUUGAUGAGCAAACAAAGCAACUCAGGAUGAAAAAAGAUGAACAGAACAAAUUAAAGACUUUGGAGGACGAGUAUGAAAGGACACUUCAGGAUGAAGCUAAAGAAUUGGAACAACUAUUAAGUAAAAGAAAUGUUUUUCUUGCUAAACAAGAAGAGUACUCGAAGAAAAUCAGGGAAUUGGGUCCAUUGUCAUCAGAUGCUUUCGAAAUGUACAAGCGGAGGAGCAUCAAAGAAUUGCACAAGAUGCUGCACAGGUGCAAUGAACAACUGCAACAGUUCAGCCAUGUAAACAAGAAAGCACUUGACCAGUAUGUAAAUUUUACUGAGCAACGAGAAGAACUCCAGAAAAGGCAGGCUGAACUGGAUGCAGGUGAUGAGAAAAUUAGAGAACUCAUAUCUGUUUUAGAUCAGCGUAAGGAUGAAUCGAUAGAACGUACUUUUAAAGGUGUUGCUAGGCACUUCCGAGAAGUAUUUUCCGAACUUGUGCAAGGUGGGCAUGGACAUCUGGUUAUGAUGAAGAAAAAGGAUGGAGAUAAUGGCGAUGAUGAUCUAGAUGAAGAUGGACCUCAGGAAGCAGAUUUGGAGGGAAGGGUCGAGAAAUACAUUGGUGUGAAAGUGAAGGUUUCUUUUACUGGGCAAGGGGAGACACAGUCCAUGAAGCAAUUGUCAGGGGGUCAGAAAACUGUUGUUGCCCUAACACUUAUAUUUGCCAUACAACGAUGUGAUCCUGCUCCCUUUUAUCUUUUCGAUGAGAUAGAUGCAGCAUUGGAUCCUCAGUACAGAACUGCUGUUGGAAAUAUGAUACGGCGCCUGGCAGACGUGGCAAAUACUCAAUUUAUAACAACCACAUUUAGGCAAGAGCUUGUGAAAGUUGCUGACAAGAUAUAUGGGGUGACACAUAAAAACAGGGUGAGCCGUGUCAAUGUUGUCUCCAAGGAAGAGGCACUAGAUUUUAUUGACCAGGACCAAUCCCACAAUACUGAUUGAGUAUUUGAACGUUGGUAGGUGCUGCAAAGUCCCAUGAAGCAUGAAGUAUUAAAAUCUAUAUUGGGAGGCUGUAAAAUAUUCUUUCUGCUGCUGCUGCUGUAUGAGGGAGAAGCCAUGGGCAGAUGGAAGUGCUCUGGAUGCUUGAGCUUUGGUAUAGGUUUGUUUAAACUGUGACAUGGGUUUGCUUGUGGAGCUACAAGACUGACUGUAUAGAAGCUAAACAACUCUGCUGAAUCAUGUUUUACAUAACUUUUCCCGAAUUACGAUGUAAUCUAUGGAAUGGCCUUUUAGAAUUUGGAGAACAAUAUCUAAAUGAUGUGUAUUUACACUUCAAAGUAACAUUAAUUAUGGGUAUCAUGGCAUUCUUCUGCUUUAA